GUACCCGUAAUAUUUGGAGCAUUUAUCGAAUGUGUGGCAACUUGUAUAUACAGAGUAGUUUCACGUGGUUUAAGCGAGAUAAAUUCAAGGAUUAAUGUUAUUAUCGAUUCCUUUAUUGGAACUACUUUAGUUAUUGCAGCUUUCGAUUAUUCCGGCGGUUACUUCAAUCCUGCACUGGCCACCUCCUUGAAGUACGGAUGUUUGGGAACUUCCUUCAUGGAGCACGUGAUAGUUUAUUGGGUCGGUGCGUGUGCCGGUUCCAUUGCCUCUUUACGAGUUUAUAAAUCACCGUUCGUUCAGCAAUACGUGGAACAGUAUAAGGAAAAAACGCUUUAAGUUAGACAAAGAUACAGUGGAUCAUUGCUCAAGUUUGUUGAUUUUGUGUUCAUUUGAUUUUUCUGUUGUUUAUUUAACUUAAAUGUGUUUUCUGUCUGUUAUCAUUUUACAAAAUAGCGUAUAUAUUUAUAAUACGAUUGAAAUAGAAUAGUUAUUAUAAGGAAUACAUUUCUGCACAAAAUUAGUCAUUUUUAUCGUACGUUUGUAAAAUAAAAACGUUUUUUGGAUUUACAGGGUGAUAAUUAUACGAUUUGAGUUCAAAUUAAUAUAAAUUUGAUCCUGUAUAUAACGAUGUUUGUAAUGAAUUAAAAUUGUACAAAGAAAUAAAAUUAUUUUGAAUAA